GUCUGCUCCGGGAGAUCCUCUCGUCUGCUCCGCGAGCGGGGCAUCAUCUACGCCGGGGAGUAGCGGUUCGCGCGUCCGUCGUCUGCUUGCCUCCAAAAAGCCCGUGGUGGUUGUUUGGUGCAGCCGUUGUGCGGAGUUUUGUCGACUGGUGUGGGUGUGGUGUUCCGUGGAAGCCCUUUUUUUGCCCGGCCCAAUUUUUUUUUUCGGAACUAUACUUCUUGGUGCGCGUCUUCAACACGACUAGAAGACGAGGAGAGAGGCAACUGUGUGGAGUUUAUAUUUUUUUCUAUUUCUACUUUUUUUUUUCUUCCGUACCGUAUACGGUCGGUCGUCUGCGACGUUCCAGACGACGCAUCCACGGCACGCGCAAAAGACGACCAGCAGACGAAAAUGUUCAGGUGCAAGCCCUCACAGCUGUGGUCCCUGGGCCUGUUCCUCGCGCUCCUGCUAGUCCUGUGCGCCCACGGUGCCUCGGGCUUCCUCACCGGCAGAGGGAGCAGCGGCGCCGGUUCGGGCGGAGGCGGCGGCGCGGGAGCCCUGGUGGCAUCCUCCUUCCUGCGCUCCCUGUGGAAGCGAGCGUCGAUGCGAGCCUCGAUGCGCAACUCGAUGCGCGACUCUCCCAUCUACUACGUCAGCACGUUCGUGCGCAACAAGACGCCCGCGCAGCAGCAGGCGCAGGCGGCCGUGCUGUCGCCCCUCUUCAAGAUACCCAUCGAGUUCAUGUCCAACGCGAGACCGCUGGACGUGGUGAAGGGUAUCCGAAAGCCGCCCUACUCCAAGCCCUACCGGAAACAGUCGCUCUACCAGGCCUCCAAGAUGAUCCUCAUGCCCAUCAAGUUCUUGGCCAAUGGGAAGCCGCGCCGACGCGUCGUCAUCAAGACUCCACCCCACUACUUCCGGAUAUAGACAAGGACACCACGCACGAAGAGAAAAAGACGACAACGACGCAGCAUUCACGCGUCACUAGUGAUUUCGCCCGAGUGUCUUGGACUCACCCGCAAGUUGUGACGUGAACAACUGGACUGGUUCACUGCGAGGUGGGCCCUUCGUGACGUCAUCAGCGGGCCGUCGGUAGCGACAUGGCCGGACCGCAGUGAAAACGUAUUUGCAAUGCGGAUAUGUGCGUGUGUGUUAUCUUUCAUUUUUGUUGCGCUUGUUUUUUUCCUCUCUUGUGAAAGUGCUUUCUUUUUUUUUUCUUCGUCUGAUAAAGCGAAUGGCGGUAUACAAAAGGCGCAUCAGCACACGCCGCGCUGUGACGUCAUUGAACCGACGAUGGCGUAGAUACUCCCUUGGCGGUGGUGGCGCCAUCUGGGUGACUCCGACUGAAGAUUCGGCUCCGGAGGCUUACGAGCUGCGAUUGUGCUGCGCAUAAUUAAAUGAUGUCACGGCUUUCGUGGUUGGAACGGUAGGAUUUAAACACCACGGACCUCAUGAAGACACUGAAAGUUGCCAGCCGCCUUUGAUUACCAUCACGUGAUGCUACUUAAGCCGUGGAAUGCAAGUCAAACGACAAUUAAUAAAACAAGACAGAGCCGAUGUGAAUAAUGAGCUUUCUUUUCAAACCAAGGCUUUCUUUCAAUUAGUUUUACGUUUAAAUCGUGGAGCGCUAGUUCUCUCAUAUUGCCUACGACCACGCCAUGUUUCUUUACAAAGCUAUAACGCUCUUAUGCAAAUUGUGCUGCCCUCUGUACGAUAGAAAGCAACGGUUCGAUGUCACAAGUUAUUGCUCGCUACCGGGUAAGCACUUCAGAGAUACUGCCUAAAGGUCAUAGGUUGUGUCAUUGAGCGGCGCACUCAGCUAAGAGACUAUGAUCCGUCCAAACCUGACUUACCGCUGCAAGCGUUUCUUCGCUAUUUUUUUUUCGAGCAUUGUCUCUUUACAUUCCGUGUCACCACCCAUGAUAGGACUGUCAUCAUGCAUACUGACGAUAUUCGCGUUUUUUUUUUUUUGUCAUUCCGUCAUUUUGCAUGCUCUGAUUGGCUCAGAAGGCUGUCAUGCCCUCUCUGACUGGCUCACUCAGAGGACUCAACAUAAGCGAAUUUCGACUGUGUCGAGAAUAUAUUUCCACCCGCUACAGACUUCUCGUAUGGCAUACAUCGCAUUUGCUUUUCUGCCGGUCAUUGGAAAGACAUUAUUUCUUUGUUGCAUUACGCUUUCGUUGAGUUCAUUCCGUUGCACAAAUCUGAACAGGGUAUAACUCUAUUCCCGGCUUUCCGUCCAUAUUGAGGCAGCUGUUGCAAGGAAAAUAACAAAGUGCCCCGACGUCGCCCUGUUUUUUUUUUUUUUUUUUUUUUUUUUUUUUUUUUUUUUAUGCACUCAAAGACUAGCUGCAACAAAAUCCCACUUGAGCUCAAUUUGUUAAACGCGGAUCGUAGGUGUCGCCAAUGUAAUGGCGGCCAAAACGACAAGGUUAUAUCUGUUGCGCAGAUUUCGUUGUCGCGUAUAGCAGACGACAGACCCCCCCUAGCGGUGUGCCACGCGAAGCGGUUAUGACGUCAGCCCCAGAAUCACAAGCAAACGCUGCGAGCUGCUUUUUUCUUUUUUAUACGUGUAAGGCGUUUUUCCAUUGCAGUCGCACGUAAGGUAUAUUAUACACAUGUUCAGAAUAGAAUGGGCAAGUCAGUAUGAGUAAGUGCUAUUGCAUUGUAUGCUAGUGCUGCACAUUGGCAAAUUCGGUCAUAGUGGCGAAUUCGCCAUCUUCUCGGACGUUAUUUGCUCAGAACUCUGCUACAUGGCUUCUCUGAUUGGUUGAAAGCGCCGCCACUGUAGAGUUCCACAAUAUGGCGGAAUUUGAGAGUGUUCAGAAUGUGUGGUGUCCAAAACAUGGCAGUCAUGUCGUGUUUCCGGCUCCCACGAUUGCUUCCGGCGCUAGUAGUGCACAAACGCAUGGCCUUUGAGAUCGGAGUCCAUUACUCCGGGAAAGCCUUCACGGGGGAUGCGAUCUGGACAAUACCUACGACACCUCGGGUCAGGCCGUGUCUGGGUUCUGCGUCACUUCCUGCGAGCUGCAAUGGCGGCGCUUUUUUUUUUCAGUUUAGGCACGAAAAACAUGGACUUUUUGGGGCGUUUGUUUCCGAUGAUGCACUCGUUGGCAUUUCGCACACCUUUUGCAUUGAGCGUUAUACUAUGCUGCCACACUAUAUCAAUACAGUUAUUUUUUUACAGCGAUGCGAAAUUUCUCUGCGGUGUGCCUUUAACCAGGUGAACUUGGAGCAGCCGUGGCGACAUCAAGCAUCGGGCACAGCAUUUAUAGCUCAAAUAUUUGCGAUGUGCUGAGUACGAACAUCAAUGCCAAGAUUCCGAGUCUGGCUGAAAGCUUUGUACGAUAUCGCAAACUCGCACAUACAGAGUUAUUGUGGUGCUAGACUGAGGCAGUCUCGAGUUGUGAAUUCUGUGCAGAAAAAUAAUUUACACCUUAUGGGCAGAGUGUAGAGCAAAAUUUCCUCGGCACACCCUUAACUAUGGAUGCGUAUUCAGUAGGGUGUAAUUACGAACCAAACACCCAUGUCGUACCCUUAAGUUGUUCAAGGGUGUAGGAAAGGCGUACUUUCACACGAUAUACAUUAUAAGAGUGUAAGGGUGCAGGCGUAUUUUGUUUUGUUAGCGCAGGUGUCGCCGUAAUGCCGAUAACGUCAUUACAGUAUUACUUUGUAAAAUCUCUGCAUUUAGCUUACGGUAACUUAACAAUUAUGUGAUUGUGCCACAAACAGAAAAACAACAACUUUAAAAGUAGGUCUGUCAUUAGGCUAACUUUAUCGCUGUUAAAGUUGACCUCAGUGUGUUGCCCAUGAUUACAAAAGGCAAUUACAAAAGCGUUAACUGGUUAGGCUAUAACAAUUAUGGAAGAGCAAACAAAAAAGAAUGCAGGUGUUACGACGGUUUCAUUUGCCCGCUUUUUAUGGGGAUUUUGUUGCCAGUGGUCGGUGGUUCAUAAUCUAACGGCUGUGCGAAUGUUGUGAAUGUUUCGGAGCCGUGGCGUAGUUGAGGGUUCAAGGAUUGUUCCGACUAUCACGCAUUUACAACAUCCAUGCACUGUAUAUAAAUGUGAAUUCAAGGGGAAAUCGUAACGGGGUUUUUCGCAUUUCGAGACGUAGAUGCUUGCCCCGGGAGUGAAAAUAAAUUUUAGAAAAUUUAUAUGGCUUGCUGUUUCAGCCGAACGCUUUUAGGUAUGGUUGUGAAAAGCAGUACGAUUGCGUGUAAUUGGUUUUCUUUUCUGUAGUCAUUCGUGGUGGUAGGCGUCAAGAAUUGUGUGAUAAUCCACGAGUAAGCUCUCUAACUAAGAUUCAGUAAUUCAUUUUCAAAUGAGUGACUCGAACGCAUAUUCAACUGUCGAAUCGAAGCUGUCGAUUGCUCAAGGCGACUCGAGUUGAUUUCUCGAGACCAUUCUUGAAAUACUCGUUUUCCCCAUCCCAGCCGCGAAAUACACGUAUCGAUGCUUCACGUAGUUUUAGCCCACACUUCGUUAACGAAGGCUGUUUGUGGCAAAAUGGUACUUCAAACGCCAAUCUAUUCGCCUACGACUUUGGAGAAGGCCUAUUUCGAAACUAUGCACAAUAAGCACUGUAACUUUUAUUAAACAUGUAAAUUUUUAUAUUUUUAUAAGUAAACUGUGCUAUUUACCGUAAAUGACACAAAGAGCAGCGUGGGCUUUAACAUUUCAGUUAUUUCUCGAUAGGUCUAAAGGGACCAUCAACGCAAUUAAAAUCUGCCGAAACUAUAUACACCAAACAUCAACUCAAGGGGUCAUUUUAUACCUGUACAUGUAUACAGCGGUGUAACUAGGUGUAACUUGCACAUAGCGCCACAGUUACGUAAUUUUGGCUUCUGCAAACUUGUGCUCAGACUGGUGUAAAAUUAUGCCUUACAUUACCUUAGGCCUCGUAUUAGUAUUAUUUAGAGAACAUUAUCAUUGCCCAGAUAACAUUACCAUUAUUUGGGCCUAAGACUGCCGAUAUGCACAUUUAUAAACAUUACCGUGUUCAAUGUGUAGUGUUAGUAUCAGAAUUCCUGCUAAUACUGACAAGCCUCGAGCACUCACUCAAUUCCCGAUUUGCCAAUUUCAACGUGUGCGUUAUAUUUAGUAUUUUUUUUAACAAAAGUGAAAACAAAAGUUUUAAGUUGGUGAGUUUUGCCUAAUUAUGUAACAGGUUGACGAUUACCGUACAAUUAUUUGUGCCCACUCAAGCGAAUUCUCAAUUCUUACAUAAAUUCUCAAGCAAAUUUAUGUAAGAACUUAAACUGAAUUGUCUCAGUUUUUCACUGAACUGCGAAGUUUUUCACUAAAACUGGAAGUUCACUAUGUUACGCCUCCCGGAUUUUCAAACCUGUCGGCAUUUGUGUUAUUGUGACAGUAGUGAUUGCGUAUAAAUGGUUGGUUAAUGAAAGACAGAGGGAUGCUUGUGAGAUUGUUUGUAACAAAAAAAAAACAAAGAAAGGUGCUGUCAUCAACGUUUCACAUACUUGCACUCUGAAAGUGUUUUUUUGCUGUGUAUGAUUCAUGCUAGUGUGAUUGUGUGGUUGUUGCCAGUGGUCUUGGACGCUUACAUAUGUGGCCGUCGUAAAAAUGGUUUUGCCUCUCGCAUGAUUUCCGAUCGUUGACCUGUUGGAUCUGCAGUAUUGUUCUCUCGGUGUUUUUUUUUUCUGUUCUUUUUUUUUUACGACUGCACGCAAGAACCAAGAUGGAUCACGACACGAGUUCUACAAGAAGGAACACUUGCGAGCCACAAGCUGUUUUGAGUUUUGCCAGUGAAAUAGCAGUGCUUUUUUUAUUUCAUUAUUUUUUUAUUCGCUUUUAUUGUGUGCAUCGCGUUGUGUUCAUAUUGUAUAGCGGUACUACUGUCGACCGCGCCAAGUACAGACCUGCGCGCUUUGUGACUUUUCUGCCAUCGUUCUUUUUUUUUUUUCGUUUGUAGACAUUUUUUUCUGCGCAAUAAAAAAAUGUUUUCUUUUUA